AUGUUAAUGAAAUGGCGGAUGAGUUGGACUUGUGGGGAGAGAGAAUGGAGCGCGAGGGUGCGUUUGUCAUCAAAGGAGUGAAGUCCAAGAUCAGGCGUAAGCCGAGAACUUACAGAACCAACUCGCAACUCACAAUGACGACAAAAAACUUGUCUCAAACGUUGAAGCUCACGCUACAGUCGAAAGAAUCAAAUGGCAGAGACGACAGCAACUGCAGUACCCCGGAUGAUGAUACAUCGUUGGCAUCAGACGACCUCAACUUGGGUCUAUCGGAUGACUUAGAGGACGACACAAUGGAUCAAGCAAACAGCUCAGUCCCUCCCAAUGCAAAUCGACGCGAGAACAUCAAAGACCGAGCAAAGAGCGCCGAGUGGUUCACAGCACCAAUACAUCGGAUUGAGAGUACAGAUCCAAGGGAUAAUGCUCUCAUACAGAAACUCAAAAACAGACCACAUACUCCUACAAGCUUUACUCUAGGAAGCCAGCGGUAUACACCAUCACCACGAUUUAGGGUUGAUUCACCUGAUAAUGUCAAGCAUCUAGGCCGACCCGACAGACGAGUGUUCUGGGAGAACGUGGACAGAAAUCGCAAAACAAAUGCAGUUACCAGACCAAGCACAUCGACACCAAUUCAUCACAGAGUGGGAUUCUUUGGAUCAACGCCCAUUAAACAAGCAUGGAGACCCCACACUGCAUCAGGUCUUGUCUCAGAGUUGCCCACAAGAUCCAAAGAUGGAAAGCACAGAGCGAUGCCUCCACGCACAACACUCGCAGAGUCUCUUCCGAAUUUAGAAAGAGAGAGCCCUUAUGUGGAUAGAAUCGCUCGCUUGCGAUUGAAUGGACUAAAACUAGAGGAGGACAUCCUCCUGGAGCUUAAACGUCGGCAAGAACUCGAUCGUUUGAGAGGCCCCUUUCCUCGUUGGUACGAGCUACGGACACGAGAGUUUCACCACGAAGCAAAGAGAAACAACGAGAUGCUGCAACGAUCGGCCGAAUGGCAAGACAUGUUGGAUUACACGAAAAAACUGAUCAGAACUAGCAGUAGAGCUCACUGA